UUGAAUGUGGCCCAAUAACUCUCUGUGGGACUCUUCAGCGAUGCAAAAUCAAAUACCCACGGGGGGUGCCUCUUACAAAACUUAUUUCACAGCUGCCUAGUCUGCGAUCCGAAUGUUUUGAGUCCGCUCUUGCAGCUGAAGUGUCUGGUCAGCCCCGCACUAAAGCAGCCCUGGAGGUGCCAGGAGUUUGGCGGUGCUAGCGAGAGCAGGAGGGCGGGGGGCAGUGUGGCUCCCAGUGAUGCUUCAAGAAAGCCAGCCACGACACACGAAGUGCGAACGCGAAGAUAAGCGAGUUGGAGGGCAGAUUUGGAAAUGUGAGUUUGCCGCAGAUUAAAGCUGCAAUCUUGUGCGCAGCCCAGAAGCUGGACUGGUGAUUAGCUCCCUUCAGUGACUGCGGGGAGGGAGGAUCGCUGGAGCUUCCGCCUUCUUCUCACACACGGGAAGAUUACAAAACCCAGGUUUUUUGCACUCCACUCUGAGCGCGCAUCAACGUGCACAAUUCCCAGGGUAGGAGCCAUCCUGAGCGACGCUCGCUGCCCGUCUCGGGAGCUAAGCCGAGUAGCGAGGCGAGCUUUAAGGCAGAAGCGGGGGAGGGGAGAGUUCGAGUAUAUCCCAGCGGCUCACGUGGAACCCUUCCUCCCUCUUCCUGGCUGGCUCCCUCCAUAGCCUAAUAAUCGUUACAAAGUAUAAAUUCUCCUCCGGUUCCCUGGGCAAGCAACGUGCUUAGACGUUCAAAGCAUUCAUGACUACAAAAGGAAAGAACAGAUGGGGUGUACUGGACCUCAGAGCCCCCCCCCCCUUCCCAAUGUCCCGCUGCUGCUUCAGCGACUGAGACUGUCCUCCAGCGAAGGAACAUUUUAACUGAGGUGCCAUGUAUCGUGUGUGUAAAUGCUGCUGGUUGCUCGUGAUCAUUGUAGUUUAGUUUGCAACCUGCUGAUGCAAGUUUCCUCAACGUUUUGUUCUCCGGCGUGUAGUAGUUUAGAACAAGCACCGCCCACUACGCGUGGAGUCACAGGGGGACAGGACUCCUAUUGGUCGGGCUGGUGGACAACACCUGCUCGACUCCUUCAUUCAAGUGACACCAGAGCUUCCAGGGAUAUUUGAGGCACCAUCCUUUCCCUUUCUGGCCACUUUCAGCACUUGCACCAGCCCUGAUCACAUGCUAUCCAGCAAGCAGAUUGCAAGAAGAGCAGUAAGUUCCAUUUAUUCACCCUUUGGAAAGAGCCAGAGGAGGGAAACCCAGACAGGUUUCCAGCGUGGAGUUGCAACCAGGACCAUGUGUGCAGAGCUGUUAAGUAAAGUAGUUACCCUGGCGUUGGUCUUUGCAAGUUUUGAUCCAGUUUUGGGCACAGAAGCCACCAACCCGCCGGAAGGUCCCCAGGACCGAGCCCCUCAGCAAAAAGGGCGUCUGUCUUUGCAAAAUACAGCUGAAAUCCAGCACUGCCUGGUUAAUGCUGGCGAUGUGGGAUGUGGAGUGUUUGAAUGCUUUGAAAACAACUCUUGUGAGAUCCGAGGCUUACAUGAGAUCUGCAUGACUUUCCUACACAACGCUGGAAAAUUUGAUGCCCAGGGAAAAUCCUUCAUUAAAGAUGCUCUGAAGUGUAAGGCUCACGCCCUGAGACACAAAUUCAGCUGCAUCAGUCGCAAGUGUCCUGCCAUUAAAGACAUGGUGUUCCAGUUACAGCGGGAGUGCUACCUGAAACAUGACCUCUGCUCUGCUGCGAAGGAGAAUGUCCAAGUCAUUGUGGAUAUGAUUCACUUCAAAGACCUGCUGCAGCAUGAACCAUAUGUCGACUUGGUGAACAUCCUGCUCACGUGCGGGGACGAAGUGAAAAAGGCUAUCACCAGAAGCAUCCAGGCCCAGUGUGAACAGAACUGGGGAAGCCUCUGCUCUAUCCUGAGCUUCUGCACCUCAGCCAUGCACAGCGACUCCACACUGGGUCCUGAGAGGAAGCCAGGUGAAGCCACGAAAACGUCUAGCAGCCGCGGGGACAUACUGGUAUACCCCGAGUCUGACCAAAGAGAGAGCUCACGAGCUGCCAAGGGGGAGAGAGGCAGCCGGGCUCACUCGAACACCCACCCCCGUGUUAAAGCUGGAGCUCACAGCCCCAAAGGAGCACACGGGAUCAUUGAGCGGGCAGAUGAACUGUCCGACUUUUCCGACAUCCGAAGGUGAAAGGAAGCACCUACCUUACCCUCCCCCUCCACCAAACUUCCUCCAUUGAGUCCAUCUUCUUAUCUAUGGACAUUCCAAAAUCUUUACCAUUCAGAGGGGUGAUGUGAAGCACAGGGCAUUGUGGGAUAUGUGGACUUCCGUGAUAGCGUAUAGAUUAGCAGAGAGAGAGCAGUGGUUCUGGGCUAUUGCUUAUACUCAGAGAACUUGACACUCACAUAACCAGUGGGUGAGACAAAAAUUUUAAAUCCUUCCCCCUUUCAAAACUACAGAACACGUGGAUAUUGUUUGCGAUUUUAUUUUUCUUUUGGUUGGAGAAAGGGGUCAGGGAGAGCCCAGCCAGAUAUUACUUAGGCCGUUCACAGCUCAGUAGCUCCACUAAGCUUACGGGGCAAUCGCCAAGCAGAUGGCGGAGUUCCAAAGGCAUCUUAUCUCUGCCCAUGGCCGUGAAUGAAAGAGUUCAAAGUGGGCUGUUGUGACACUCAAAUGAAAUAAAUGUCCAGUUUAUUGCACAGGGAGCUUGCUACGUUAAGCUAUGUCAUUUUAUCAUAAGUCCUGAGCCAUUGUUCCUGUCUGCCUGACAUUGCCUAACUUACGUGCCCUCUUGUAUGUAUUUUAACCACUGCUUAACUUUAUUUAUCCAGUUACUCCAUGAUGUCAAGAGCCUAAGUAGCCAGCUGCCAGACAAGUCAGUUUGACCAUUAUGCAUCAGAAUGAGCACUUUUUCCACAGCCCUCCAAAGUUCCUAGGCAUAUUCUUUUUUAGAACCUACAGCUGUGCUCCCAAUGGAGCAUUUUCUACAGCAGCAUCCCACCUGUGGGCAACCCAAAAUUUGAGGCUUAGGCAAAAACAGCUGGUGUAUCCUUAAGCUUUGUGGGUAUUGUUAGGGCCUAUUGAAAAUCUAGCCCAUCUAUUGUCUUUGAAAGCAGCAUCAUGGACUUUUUCAGGGCUGUAGAGACUUGGUGUUCUAAAGUUGGCCAUAGUUUAUCAAAGUGCCAAAAAUGACUAUGGGUUCGUGAGAGGUUCACUUUCUUUUUAAAACUAGCACACUGGGUAGUGACCUCCAAACCCUACAGAAUAAGUGAAAUGUAGAUUGAUAAAAGGGGUUUGGCGAGCUGAAUCUUCCGGAGUGAUUUAACGUUAGGGUGAGAUGCUAGGGAGCAUCCUUUCUUAUCCCUAUAUGCAGUUGUGAUCCUCAAGUUGUAAACACCCAUCCUGGGAUGUUAUUCUUAAGCCAUUGGCUGUCACCUCCAAAGGCAAAGAUGGGUAGGGUCUUUAGUAUCCAAUAAAGGAAGUAUGAUCGUUCUUGGAAGACAGUAUCACAUUGAGGAUCUGAGCACUGGCCUUUUGCUGCAGGAGGCCUAGAGUCAAAUCACCAGUGUUGCAAAGGCAAGUUGGUGCACUGAACUUCCACAGGGAACUGACAUACAUCUUUGUUGCUUAGUGGGCAUGGAGGUGAUUAGCCUCACCUGAGAUUUAGCUCUAAAUCUCGCUGAGUCACAUUCCGCUUCUGGACCCAUGUAGGAGGCUCCCAGUGUCUUCAGUGGGAGCUUUGUGCAUAUAUCUUGUGGCAGAAUCUUGGGCAUUAUUCUUAAUAGAAGUCAUGGGGGUAAAUUUCCUUGGUUGGGGUGGGAGGACAAGGAACAACCAUUAAUCUGAAGAGUUACACCGUUAUGCAGCCAUCAACCUCUUGAAGAAAAAGGGCCCCAAUCCUACUCCCACUAAACCCUCUGAUAAAACUCCUCUAACCUCAUUGGAGAAUCGAAUCAGGCUACGAACCCUUGAGGAGCAGGCAAGUUCCUUCUAGUAUAUGGACAAAAUGACUGAUCAAGUCCCAGCAGUGGUGGCCUGUGGCUCACACAGAGGGUGACAAUCAGAGGGACUGUAGUGCCCCAGCUAGUGUCAAUUCUCAUAUACCACUUCCAAAGGUUUACUUUUAAGGGCAUCCUCUUUUCUCCAAAACAAAGUGUCUUGCUGCUGGUGAUGUCAUAGGGAAAGUCUCCAGUCUCUCUCAUUGCAAACUCCUCAUGAGCAUCCCACUGCCCCAAGAUGAUGCAUAAGCAUAGUAAGGCUAUGUCUACACUGCCGAUUUUGUUGGCAGUGAGUAUGCAUAUGAGGCAUGGAUUAGCAUAUUGCUGUGCCUCAUUUGCAUAAUUUAUGCACCCUGUUUUUCCACAAAGGGUUUUUGCAGAAAAAAAAGUAGUGUGGACUUUUUUUUUCCCCUGCAAAAACCACAUUUUCUGCAAGAUUCCCAGGAAGAGGCAUUAGGAUCUUGCGGAAAACGGGGAUUUUGCGCAAAAAAAAUGUCCAUACUACUUUUUUUGCACAAAAACGGUGUGCAUAAAUUAUGCAAAUGGGGUGCAGUGAUAUGCUAACCUGCGCUUCAUUUGCACACUCACUGCUGGCAAAACCGGCAGUGUAGACGAAGCCUUGAGGACAAACUCAAACCAAAAAGAGAACCCAGCCAUGACUACCAAGUUAAUAUUCUUACCUAACUCUAUUAAGGUCUCUUUCUCAUUAAAGUUGAACCAAACAUAUAAUGAGAAUCAAAUAUAUAAUGAUAUAUACACUCUUGAAUGUCUUAGUCAACAUAUCACCUCAGCAUGCAUACAAUUUACUUUUACUCAUUCAUUCUUCAUGGGGAGAAGUAUAUAUUCCUCCAUCUUGUUAAUUCAAUGAACAUUUCUUUAUUUUUUCAGGGGGUGGGGGAUUUUGUAUAUGGCAUAACAUUUUUUUCCUCUGUGUGAAGAUCUUCUGUGUUCAUCUACUGAUUCCACAUAUGCUAUUAUUGUAAAUAUUUAACAUUUCUAUUUAUUAUAUUGUCUCCAUUUAAAAACCAAACACUGCUGGCUAUGGUAAUUUAAACGUAUGUCAUGACCUGUGUUGUAUAUAUUCAUGCCACUAGUAUGUUUUUGUUGUUUAAAGCAACGUAAAUAUAGUUUUAUACAGUUCCAUAAUGUUAUUGACAGCACAAAUCAUUUAUUUAUUGUCAAACCUUCUUUCAUGUCUAACAAGUAGGUGUGUUUAUCUGAUAAUAUGUUGUCAAGUCAUCUACAUAGCCUUAAUUCUUUGUGAAGUCCAUUAAAAAAAUCUACCAUCACCUUAGAGACCAUAUGAUACUUGCAUCAGCAAUCCUCCCAAACCUAUUGUUUGCAAAGGUGACUUAACUUAAAAACCAAGGCCUGAAUGUUUCUCUUACGCUUUGCAUCUUUAAAAAAAUCACCCAUAAGAGAAACUGGGAAAAGCAAAAUGCCUAUUAGAAAAUAUAUAAAUAACCCAUUGCCCCACAAAAAUGCUGUCCUGUCUUAAAAAUUAAGUUCUGAAACACAGUAAUUACAAAAACCUUUCCUUAAAUUCCAGUUCUCUGGGAGAAAAACAUACUAGUUCUAUCUCAUGUAGACUUUACAGCCAAAUAAGCUUAUAAAGAUUGCCUAAGGAUUUAGGCAAAGCUCUGUAUCUUUUCACACUGCUAUUAUUUUUCCUGAAACACUAAUAAAUUUUUGAAUAAGUCUU